AUGGCAAAAGUUUUGCCAAUGGACUUGUGCGGUGUGUUGGCCCUCUGGGUUGUGAUGUUGGCGUGUGGCUUGGCAGAGUUGCAGUACUUUCCUCAACAUACAAAUUACAACUGGUCUGAGGCGAGGAAUCACUGCCAGGUCUGUUUCAAAGAUCUUGUGACUCUGACUCCUGAGAACAUUGUGACAAUCGUCCGGAACAUUUCCUCGGAUCACUGGAUUGGCCUCCGCAAGCGCCCAGUCAGCCUCCCUGUCCACUCCUAUAACGACACCUCCUCUUUCUGGUCUCGCUGGGCCAAUGGGGACCCGCUGACGUUUCAGAACUGGUACCCGGGCUACCCAGUUUUCAAAUCCCCCACAAUGGACUGCUGCAGCUGCCAAUGUACCUGCCCUCUACAGCCUCUAACCACACCUCAACCUACACUUAACACAACUGUGCGGAGAAAUUACACUUUUCCGAACACCACCUAUUUUAGCUCACAUACAAGUCAGAGUCCAUUUAACCCUACGACUCCAAACUUGUCCAAACCAAUCCAGUCUGAGUGUGAGAAAAGUCCGAUGGUGUUCCAAGAUGUGCCUGAUCCGAAUGAGAACUACAUAGAAGAUGGCUGCGUGGUUGUGCUGAAUUUUGGGGCAUGGGUUGAAAAAGAGUGCUCGAUGCUCCUGCCUUUCAUUUGUUAUGAAGAGCGGUUCUUUGGCCAAGUUCAGGUCCACCCUGAAGGUCCGCAGAAUGAAACUGUCCUUGAGAGUUUAACCCUAACCGUUCAGAACCUGACUGCAGGGACUAAAUACUUUGUUCAAGUGUUUCCCGUCAAAUGUGGCCGAGAACUCAACCCACAGAACAAGACUUUCUACACAGUGCCAAACAACGUGUCAAACUUGACUGUGGUAAACGAGACGGUAGAUUGUGUAUCUCUGAGUUGGAUCCCGCCUUCAGGAGUCGCUGACGAGUCACAAUGGAGUGAAAUCAGCAAAAUCUCUGCAUUCACCAAUCCUGAAAAAGUGUCUAAUCUUCAAACCGAAAACGUCACAGACAGCUCCUUGUCUCUUUCAUGGAAACAAGUCAAUGACACUAAUUAUGUUGUGUCUUGGUGUUAUAAAAACGGGACAUCUGAUGACCAGUUAUGCGAGACCGAUGUGAAUGAAACUAAAGAGAUCAGUGAUCUCCCCAGUGGGACUAAUAUUUCUGUGAGCGUGACAGCACUGGCAAACAAAAGAAGAGGAGAACCUGCGACAAUAUUCACUCUCACCGCCCCAAAGAAAGUACAAGAACUAAACCUUUACAGCACAGAAUACACCAUCACCGCCAAAUGGAUUUACCCUAAUGGGUUUCCUAACUUUAGAGCUGAGCUGUUACCAGGAGGUGUUGUGAGAGAGAAUAUCAACACAUACAAUGUGACAUUCGAUAAACUGAACAGUUCCACGAGGUACACUGUAAAAGUCUACAGUGUGGCUGAAAAGAGCAGUGAAGAAGUCUCUGCGUCCAAGUAUACCUUACCUGUGCCUCCGCGUGAACUGAAAUGCACUCAUAGCAACAAAACUCACCUCCGCUUCGUGUGGUUGCCACCUAAAGACACAGAGAAAGCGGAUUAUAAAGUGACGCUUAAAUCAGAUUUUUGGAGGACUGAUGAGUCCAUGGUCGUGAAGAAAGAGACAGAGUACACGUUUGGGAAACUGAAAUCAGGGACAACCUACACCUUUGAAGUCCGGACAAUGGCCGGGGAUCUGCUGAGUAACCCAAUGAAAACCAAACAUGCUACAGUUCCUGUUCUGAAGCAAAUCUCUUUGUCCAUGGUGUGCUCCUCUGCCCAGUCUCUGCACUGUGCCGCCCAAGCGAGCAAGGAGAGUGCGUUUUCAAAGAUGAAAAACGAAUUUAACAAUUUACUGGAGGACCACAUAUUCUGGAGCCUCAAGAGAAUAAAUACAUCAAUUACGGGAGUCUAA